UGUUAGACCAUCAUGUCUCCUUCCUAGUGGGUGAUGAACAUUUCCUGAGUGUCCCUUCUUUUUCCUUGCCAUCACCCCAAACCAAUGAAGCGCACUGACAAAGAUGAGGCAGCCACAAAGAUCCAGGCCUGGUGGCGCGGGACCCUGGUGCGCCGGACGCUGCUGCACGCCGCCCUCAGGGCCUGGAUCAUCCAGAGCUGGUGGAGGCAGACGCUGGCGAGGCUGCUGGAGAGGAGGCGGCGGGCGGCGCUGGAUUACUAUGCACGGCAAGAGUGGGCAGUCGUCCGGCUGCAGGCCUGGGUCCGUAUGUGGCGCAUCCGCCGGUGUUAUUGCCGCCUGGUCAGUGCCGCCCGCAUCAUCCAGACCUAUUGGCGUUGGCAUAAUUGUCACACCCGUGGUUUUCUCCAGGGCAGCUACGAACUCACAGCAACCCAGCUGGAACUUGAACUUGAAAUCUUUCUGGGCUCACAGAUUUGUCGGAUUACAGGCUGCAUCCCCUUCCCAAUAAAGAACUGACCCGGUCUGCACCAACUCUGUGUCACCAGAUCUCUGUCUCACAAGCUCCAGGAGGUCCUGGCCUCAGUGAUGGGUCAGGGAAGAUGAUCGCAGACACUCGCAAUCCAUAGGACUCACAAAAUGCUCUGAGAUUCAGCAGGUGUGUGUGUGGGCUCUCAAGUGGAGGAGAUACUGUGACCCUUUCCUGGAGGAACACAACCUGGGAUUGACUAGCAAUGUCUGCCUGGGGCAGGAGAGUUGGGGGUGCAAGUUCAG